AUGGCCGCCGCUAUCUCGGCGAAUAAUGGCGGGCGGUCUGCUCCUCACACACAGACAGGAGGAAGAAGAUAUAGAAUAAAAAUGUCCGGUCCGCUCCUCACACAGCGGCCGGUGGAGAAUGGAGAUCCCACAGCUGGAGGAGACGCGCGCGAGCGAGCAGUGGCGCGUGCGCAGUUGAGCUCAGCGGCGGCGUCGCUCGCGCUCCAAACCGUCGCCUCCACGCGGCAGCGGAUUGGCCUCGCGCCCGUCCACGCAUCUUUUCCUCAGCCGGUGAUUGGUUGGAGUGAGAAAAAAAAAACACCCCAAAACAAAACGAUCUUGGUUGAUGCCAGGCGCUGAUUGGUUGGGAAGUCAGUCAAAUGCUUGUUCGCCAGUUUGACGUGUCACAACGGUGGGAGCUGCGUGGUAGCACGGACUCGCAGUUAGCUGCCAUUCAUUGA